CUCACUCAUGCUUCCUGGCUUUACUCACAUGCUCAGAGAGGAAGAGCUGUAGAGUCUUAGCAGCACAUGAAGAAGCUCUGGCUAUUUUGAACCACACAGGAUUUGACUCUGGACAUUUCAAUAUCUCUUUUGGCGCGUGACAGACUUGUAUGUACUAGCCUGAGAGCAGACUUUAGAGUUUCUUUUUUUUUUACUUUUUAUAUUCAAGGUUUUCCCCCCAUCUUACUGUAGGUGGUCUCGUGUGUGGCAGAGAAAGAGUGUGCGUGUUAGUCUGCAUGUGUGUGUGAGAGAGAAAAGAGGACCAGGAUGAUUGCAGCCCAGCUACUAGCCUAUUACUUCACUGAACUCAAGGAUGAUCAGGUUAAAAAGAUCGAUAAGUACCUGUACUCCAUGCGUUUCUCUGAUGAGACGUUGAAGGAGAUCACGCAGCGCUUCAAGAGGGAGCUGGUGAAAGGCCUGGGGCGGGACACCAACCCCACCGCCGUGCUGAAGAUGCUGCCAACGUUCGUGCGGUCGAUCCCUGAUGGCUCAGAAAAGGGAGACUUCAUUGCGUUGGAUUUGGGAGGCAGUAACUUCAGGAUCCUCCGGGUCAGAGUGAGCCAUGAGAAGAAACAGACGGUUCAGAUGGAGAGUGAAAUCUACGACACACCGGAGGACAUCAUUCACGGCACUGGAACAAAACUGUUCGACCAUGUGGCAGAGUGUCUCUGUGACUUCAUGGAAAAACACAGCAUCAAAGACAAGAAACUCCCAGUUGGAUUUACUUUCUCCUUCCCCUGCCAGCAGACCAAACUAGACGAGGGCUUUCUGGUAACGUGGACAAAGCGUUUCAAGGCCAGUGGAGUGGAGGGAAUGGACGUUGUCCAGCUGCUCAACAAAUCUAUAAAGAAGCGAGGAUUCUCUGAGGACUAUGAAGCUGACAUCAUGGCAGUAGUGAAUGACACUGUGGGAACGAUGAUGACCUGUGGUUUUGAUGACCGGCGCUGUGAAGUCGGCAUCAUCAUAGGUACGGGCACCAAUGCGUGCUACAUGGAGGAGCUGCGCCACAUCGACCAGGUGGAGGGGGACGAGGGCCGGAUGUGUGUGAACACGGAGUGGGGGGCCUUCGGAGACGACGGCAGGCUGGAGGACAUCAGGACAGAGUUCGACAGAGAGAUAGACAGAGGCUCCAUCAACCCCGGGAAACAGCUAUUUGAGAAGAUGGUCAGCGGGAUGUAUUUGGGGGAGCUGGUCCGUCUGAUCCUGGUGAAGAUGGCCAGAGAAGGCCUGCUGUUCGAGGGGAGGAUCACUCCUGAGCUGCUCACUAAGGAGAAGAUCGAAACCAAACACAUCUCAGCCAUAGAGAAGAGUAAGGAGGGGUUGAUGAGAACCAAAGAGAUUUUACAAAGACUUGGCGUGGAGCCCUCGCAUGACGACUGCAUCGCUGUGCAGCAUGUCUGUGCCAUUGUGUCUUUCCGUUCGGCCAAUCUGAUUGCUGCGGCGUUGGCCGGCAUCCUGUUCAGGCUGAAGGAGAACAAAGGCGUGGCCCGACUCCGAACCACUGUAGGCAUCGAUGGAUCUCUGUACAAGAUGCACCCACAAUAUGCCCGUCGUCUCCAUAAGACGGUUCGUCGUUUGGUGCCGGACACUGAUAUUCGGUUCCUCCUCUCAGAGAGCGGCAGUGGGAAAGGAGCUGCCAUGGUAACGGCUGUGGCCUAUCGCCUCGCCGAACACUCACGAGAGAUCACCCAAACACUGUCUGAGUUCCUCCUGUCGACCGAACAACUGCUGGAGGUUAAGAAGAGAAUGAGGAUAGAGAUCCAAAAUGGCCUUUCAAAGAGCACUCAGGACUCUGCUACUGUCAAAAUGCUGCCAACCUUUGUGAACAGCACUCCUGAUGGCUCAGAGCAUGGAGACUUCCUGGCGUUGGAUUUAGGAGGAACCAACUUCAGAGUUCUGUUGGUAAAGAUUCGUUCAGGCAAGAGGAGAACCGUGGAGAUGCACAACAAGAUCUACGCUAUUCCUCUGGAAGUGAUGCAGGGCACAGGGGAGGAGUUGUUUGAUCACAUUGUGCAGUGUAUCAGUGACUUCCUGGACUACAUGGGGAUGAAGAACACUCGUCUUCCUCUAGGCUUCACCUUCUCCUUCCCCUGCAGACAGACCAGCCUGGACGCUGGAAUCCUUGUGACAUGGACGAAGGGCUUCAAGGCGACAGACUGUGAAGGAGAAAAUGUGGUUGGUCUGUUGAGAGAUGCCAUUAAGAGGAGAGAGGAAUUUGAGCUGGAUGUGGUGGCCAUAGUGAACGAUACAGUGGGAACCUUGAUGACCUGUGCCUACGAAGAACCCACCUGUGAGAUUGGACUUAUCGCUGGCACUGGCAGUAAUGCAUGUUACAUGGAGGAGAUGAGGAACAUUGAGACGAUCGAUGGAGAUGAGGGCCGCAUGUGUGUCAACAUGGAGUGGGGGGCUUUCGGAGACAACGGAUGCCUUGAUGACAUGAGGACAGAGUGCGACCGCGCUGUGGAUGACUUCUCCCUGAAUUCAGGCAAACAAAGAUUUGAGAAAAUGUGCAGCGGCAUGUAUCUCGGGGAGAUUGUGCGAAACAUCUUGAUAGAUAUGACCAAGAGAGGAUUCUUGUUCAGAGGACAGAUCUCUGAAACACUGAAGACCAGAGGCAUCUUCGAGACGAAGUUCCUCUCACAGAUAGAGAGUGAUAGAUUAGCUCUGCUGCAAGUGAGAUCCAUCCUGCAACACUUAGGGCUGGACAGCUCCUGUGAUGACAGUAUCAUAGUCAAAAGGGUUUGUGGGGCAGUGUCCCAUCGUGCAGCUCAGCUUUGUGGGGCAGGGAUGGCGGCUGUGGUCGAUAAGAUCAGAGAGAACCGAGGACUGGACCAUCUGGACAUCACUGUGGGGGUGGACGGGACCCUCUACAAACUACAUCCACAUUUCUCGGGGGUCAUGCACCAGACGGUAAAGGAACUGGCUCCUCAGUGUAACGUCAACUUCCUGCUGUCAGAGGACGGCAGUGGGAAAGGUGCCGCACUCAUCACAGCCGUGGGGUGCCGCAUAAGACAAGAGCUGAGCAAUAAAUAGAAAAUACCUCCCUCCUCUUCUUUCCCCUCGUCUUCAGCCCUUGUUCAGUCAAAGGAUCACACAUUAGUGUAGCUGCUUUAGUCUGUCUAAAUGACAGAGAGGGAGAUCGUUUUCUCUGUGGUGUUAGAUAGCAGAGAGUCAUGCACUAACAUAUUUAACAAUACUCAGACUCUUAUGUUUUUGUGUUGUUUGAGGUUAAACUUGUAGAGAUAAAAUGCGAACAUUCAGCUGUGAAAAAAUGUGGCUAGUAGAAAAAUAGGUUUACACGCUCCUGUAACGAUGAGCUGUUUAUCAUCGCCAUCUGGAGGAUUCUUCUGAUGAUUGUAGUUUGUUACAAUAUACCAAGUACAACAGGUUCCAGACUAUUUGCAUUGCGGAGAAACAUUUAUCCUUGCAACAUGUGUAGUGGAUGCAGCGUCAUAAAAACCAAAAGCUUCCAAAGUGUUUCCACUGUCUCAAGACGGAUAAGGGAUAUGAGAUGAUAUAUAAAUGUGUAAUAAGAUUAAAGGGAAUAUUUUUAACUUUGAGAUGUCUAAUAUCUUACCCAGAAAUGCUACAAUAUGUUAUAUAUACAUUGUUGCUAUUUAUUUUAUUUUUGUAUUGCGCAAUGUUAAAAUAUAUUGAGGCACACAGAGGAAGUCCACUCAGCCGGUACUGGUCCUGUAGCGGAGGAUUCAACAAUCUACUCAAGGGCAGAAAGGAGAAAAAGGGACUUUAACGAUGCUUAAUCUGCAGGGGAUGUAACGUGCUUGUUAAAUGUGCAGAUGUGUUCUACUUUAUUUACUUUGUGCUGUACUGUAACAUAUGUCCAAAGAGCACUUGUAUUUCACUAAGUAGAAAUCCUGUUAUUGUCUCUCGUCACAGCUACUGUAUGUACGUUCUAGUUGUCUUAAGAAGUGCUGGUUACCCUCUUCAUCACAAUAAAACUCACCAGCUACUUAGUAAAAAGCCAUGAAACAGGAAUGUGAUACAGAUGCCACUGGAACAACUUUGGCCAAACUGUAUAAAAAGAAUAAGGUAGCUGAAACUUUAAGGGGUAUUUAAACAUUUGGAAAUAUUGCUUCUCACUCACUGUAUACUCCGUAUCAUCCUAAAGACUCAGAAAGGUGUUAAAGUGAACUACUCUAUGGCUCAUUCAAGUAACACAAUUAUUGCAAUGUAAUUUGUUUUUAUCUGUGAUAAUGUAUAAAUCAUACUUAUUGAAAGACUGGCGAGUUUAUUCACUGGCAUUUAUGUGAGAUAUUUUCAUUGUAGGGGUUAGCAGGUUCUCUGCACAUUAGAGCACAAAAGGUCUUAACAUAGUGGCACUGUAUAGCUCACAGGUAACUGUUAAUGGUGGGGCACAGGAUGUGAGAUACUACAGUACAUAAAUGGCUACAUUUGUUAACUAUGGUUAAAAUGGCGACCUUGAAAGACGCCUAUAUAAAUAAAAUGCAUUAUUAAUUGCUGCUCGGUUACAUUAAGCACCCAUUUAAAACUGCUACAGAAAAAAUGAAUCCUAGCAAAUUACAUUUUCAUUCCUUCGUACUACGCUGCUCUACUGUUGCCAGGGUAAAGAUGGCCAGCCGCUCCAGCAGCUAUACUACCUUGCCUUUAGAUGCUCUCAAAAUUAGAAAAGUCUGAAACUUGAAUCUUGUUUUCUGUGUUCACAAAACCCAGACUGUAUCUGUCAAACACUGUCAGUCAAUAAAUAAAGACAAACUUGUGUCAAUACAA